GUCCUUAUCCACGUGUCGAUAAGGACAGAAUGCGGAUCUCCGCCGAUAAUACCAGAUCAAUGAUGUUGUUUACAGCUGUCAUGUUCUGCAGCUACAGCUUCUAAUGACAUACCUCUGCAUCCCGAGAUUUGAUACCUAUAUGCUUCUAUAAUCAUGAGAACAAAUUGCCGGCUUUCGCUUCAUUGACCCCGGCACCCCCACAGAAGGCAGUAACCUUACGAGCUUCCCACCAGAACUUCCAGCAGAGAGGGGACUCCUUGUCUGUCAUCACGAUCCAUUGGUAUCUAGUUACUGCUAUCGGUCUAAAACACGAAGUCAUGGUCCGACGUAUACAGUCUCUUACCCCGUUGCUGGUUCUGGCUUGUGCCGGUUCCGGCGCAUGGGCCAGCAAGAAGGCGUUCAACAUACACGAUGAUCUACUUGCGUAUCCUCAAUUCCAAGUCUUCUUCCCUGAUGAAUACAUUCUUGAUACGCGAGCAAGGGAGUUAUUGCAGAAUCAACAAGAGAGCUCUUCGACUUCCGCUGAUAAGACAUUCGCCGAAGGCAAUGAUGCGCAAGUAUAUCUGGGAGGCCGAAAAGAUAAAUCCGAAGACGAUGAUAAAGAGGCGCUAGAAGGACCUGGGUUCACAUACGAGGAGAUGCUCCUUGACGGACAGCGAUAUCUCUGUUCCAUUCCGCAAGUCGACAACGAAGACAAAAACCAGACGAACGGAGCGGAAAGCACCAGUAAAGAGGACGAGCAGCGAGAAAUUGCACGCGCAACGGACCGUGGCCUGGAGCUUCUGCGCGAGAUGGAAGGCAAAUGCAUGUACUACAUAUCCGGAUGGUGGUCAUACUCAUUCUGCUACAAGAAGCAAAUCAAGCAGUUCCAUGCACUACCGUCCGGCCCAGGCGUGCCCAACUACCCGCCGAUAGAAGACUCUGCGACCCAUGCUUUCGUGCUGGGCAGGUUUCCCAAUAGCGGCGACGAGGAUUUGGAGGGGGAUGCGGAGCACAAAAAGACCACUACAGAUGUCGCCGAGCUGCAGACUAAAGGCGGGUCGCGGUACCUAUGCGACUUGACAGGCAAAGACCGGAAGAUCGAAGUGCAGUUCCACUGCCAUCCGCAAUCCACAGAUCGGAUCGGUUGGAUCAAGGAGCUUACUACUUGCUCAUAUCUGAUGGUGAUCUACACUCCGCGCCUGUGCAAUGAUGUCGCAUUUCUGCCGCCUCAGCAGGACGAGGCGCACGCAAUCGAAUGCCGGGAGAUUCUUUCCGAGGAGGAGGUCCCCGAUUGGGAAGCAAGUCGGGAAUAUCAAUUGGCUCAACAACUCGUCGAAUCUGCGAUUACAUCCGAGUUUCCUGUUGUCGGGGAUAUCGAGGUCGGGGCGCACAAAUGGGUGGGAUCGGAGGGCAAGCAGAUUGAGAAGGGUCGAGUGGCAUCCAUUGGAGAAGAGAAGAUCGAGGUGGUUGCCAAGCGCCAAAACGGAAAGAUCACUAGGUUGUCCAAGGAGGAGUUGAAGAAAUAUGGCCUUGAUCCUGAGAAGAUUGAGACGCUGAAAAGCCGCCUAGAGGAGGCUGCCAAGGGCAAGGACUGGACACUAGAGAUUGUCGAGUCUAACGGCGAGCGUGGCUUAGUCGGAACUAUCGACCCCGACGACGGUGAGAAAAAAGAUCAGGCUGCACAGGGGUCUACAUCGCAGCCGGCACAGGAAACUACGGCUGACAAGGCGGAAUCAAAUGCAGAGACAGGGGAGGAAAAGAAGAAGGCAGACGAGAAAAUAGACCAUCAGGAGCCAGAAGAAUCAGGGCCGACCACUAAUGAUGCCGACGACGGCAGCGAGGAAAUCUUCUUCAAGGAUGAGCUUUAGCGGGGUUGGUUGAUAUAUAAUUCUGUCUUGAACUUGUACAUUUCGUUAGUAUUAUCAAGCCUCAGCUACAAUUUGAGAUACCAUUUCCUCA